AUGCCGGUCGAUUUACUACACCCCAGCCCCGAACAGGAACUCCACACGCACAAGCUCAAGCGCCUCGUGCAGACCCCGAAUAGUUACUUUAUGGACAUUAAGUGUCCCGGAUGCUUUCAAAUUACCACCGUCUUUAGCCACGCACAGACGGUCGUCCUCUGCAGCGGCUGCAACGUCCAUCUUUGCGAACCCACCGGAGGCAAAGCCCGACUGACCGAAGGAUGCUCCUACCGAAAGAAAGGGGAUUAA